GACUGCCAACCGAAACAGGAAAGUUUACCUGAGGGGAACAGAAUUCUCGUCCCUGCGGUGAACUAAGCUACUUAUAUAUUUAGCUGGACUUUGAUGCGGACAAGCCGUUUACGGUUAGUACACAGAGAUUACCUGGACUGUCGACAUGGGAAAAGGCGGAUAUACCAGGAUACGACUGGCCGUUUUGGGCGUUGUGGGGAUCGUUGCCAUCGUAGCGCCAUCGGGCUGGGUCUUGGAUUGGGACUAGGGCCGCCCAGAGAGGCCCAACCUGCGGGACAGUCCGGCAGAGGUUUCCCCCACGAUGAAGGCUCCUCGAUCUACUACCAUCGAUGGGGAGGUGGAAAUCCCGCUGGAUGGCAGCUACUCCGAGCAGGGGACCUACCGCUACGCUAGCGUGGCGUCUGACGCUAAAGUCUGCUCAACUGUUGGGACCAACAUCAUGGCCAGACAGGGUGGGUCGGCAGUAGACGCGGCUAUCGCCACUCUCCUCUGUGUCGGGGUAUGUAACAUGCACAGCACCGGGAUUGGCGGAGGACAUUUCAUGACCGUCUAUAUACGGGAAAACAAGACAGCCUACAGUUUUUCUGCCCGCGAGGUGGCGCCACUAGCUGCUACGGAAGACAUGUACGUGAACAAGUCUAAGGGCGCCUCCACCCUCGGUGGCCUGUCGAUAGGCGUUCCUGGAGAGAUUGGGGGGAUGUUUGCUGCUCACCAGAAGUUUGGGAGAGUCAAGUGGAAGAAGCUGUUCGAACCCACGAUCCGUUUGUGUGAGGAAGGUGUACCAGUGUACAGGGCUCUGUACGCCGCCAUAGAGGCCACCAAGGUCAGGGACUUCUGGAAAGAUUUCCCCAAACUACGUGAGCUUCUGACGAACCCAGAUACCAACGAAACAUACAAAAUCGGAGAAAAGAUGAAGAGGCCGAAGUUAGCCGAAACGUUACGGAUUAUCUCGGAGGAAGGUCCAGAUGCUUUCUAUAAUGGCUCUCUGACGAAGAAUAUAACUCUGGAUAUGCAAGAAGCGGGAGGUAUAAUCACAGCUGAGGACCUAGGGAGGUACACAGUGCGCGAGGAAUCUCCCGUCAGCUACAAGAUGCGAAAUGGACUCACCAUCUUCUCCUCGCGUCCCCCAUCAAGUGGACUCAUCAUCUCCUAUAUACUUAACAUACUAGACGGAUACAACCUUACACAAGCUGACGUGGCUGACGUGAAUAGCACGGUUCUGACCUAUCACAGAAUUGUUGAAGCGUUCAAAUUUGGAUACGCUAAGAGAACGAACCUUGGAGAUGAGCUAUUUUUAGGGCAUGUGACAAAGAUGAUCGAGAAUUUGACCUCAUCAGAUGUGGGGGACAGCAUAAGAGCCCGGAUCACAGAUGACAGGACGCACAAUUACACGUAUUACGAACCGGUGUUUGCUGAAGAACCUGACCUAAUGGGUACCGCCCACCUGUCAGUCAUGGCUGCGAAUGGAGAUGCCGUGUCUGUCACCAGUACCAUCAACUUAUAUUUUGGUUCUAAAGUAGUGGGCUCUAGAACAGGUAUUGUGUUUAAUAACGAGAUGGACGAUUUCUCCACGCCCGGUCAGAACAACGCCUUCAACCUUCCGCCCUCUCCGGCCAAUUUCAUCCGGCCUGGAAAGCGCCCCCUAUCCUCUAUGUCACCCACUAUCUUCGUGGACAAGGACGGGAUAGUCCGGCUGGUGGCCGGGGCCUCCGGGGGGUCGCAGAUUACCACAACCGUAGCCUGGGUGGCGAUGCAAGCCCUGUGGUUUGGUUUGGACAUGCAGAAGGCCAUCGACAAACCCCGGAUGCACCAUCAGCUGGUCCCCGACUUCGUCCGCUGUGACAAGGGCAUACCACCGGAAGUGUUGAACGGGCUGAGAGCUAAAGGUCACGACGUUCAGGUACGUCAGGUGACGUCAGUAUGUCAAGGUGUUCUGCACCGGAACGACAGCCUGGAUGCAUGCUCAGAUCGGCGGAAAGGCGGUGUACCAGAUGGUUACUAGGGAUUAGUUACGCUGGGCCACGACGCCAUCUUGGCAUCGACCGUUGAUUGGAGGGAUUUAAAUGUCAGCUCGGCUUGAUGGCAUUCAGGGGGAGAUCGAGGCAUUCACGCCGCUGAUAUUUAUCCCGUCCAAACCCAGAAAUCACUAUCUGUUUUUGUUUGACCUCGUCAUAUUUGUUUGGUAUUGCUAAUGGUGUUUCUCUGCCAUGUCAGAACAAAUCUCACUUAUCUCUGUUAUGUUAUAAUCAUUUUGUACCACGUGCACAUGUAAGCUACCUCUCACUUUGCACACAGCGUAAUCUAUGUUACAGAAAGCGUGACGUAGUGGGCAGAAAGUCUGACAUAAUGCACACAGUGCAGAAAGUUGUACUGAAAAUGGACAUAUUACAUAUCAUUUUUAAACUUGCUCAGCAUUUUUUUGUUUCAAAGCAUUAUUCUUUUCAACGUUUCUUCUUUUACUACACACCAUACCUGUUUAUAUAAUCAUCGGAAAAUGGGUGAACAUAAGACCAACAUAGUUACUUGAGAAGAUCUGAUUAAUUCAAAAGUGAAUUUUCUUUUUUUCUUUAUACAUGCCAAAUAACUGCUAUACGGUGCUGUUUUCACUGUUACAUUUACAUAUGAAAAUAUUUGGCGUUGUUCUUUUAGACGGUAUAAUUUUGUAUUUUCUGAAGCGAAACCGCAAAAUACAAUUCACAUUGUUUGUAUGGAUGUACAUGGAAGUAAAUGUU